GGCUGACAAGGUCUUAUUCUAUCUGUACAUAUCUAGAUUAUCUAUUUCAAAAUGGUUUAUAAAAUGUUUCUUGAAAACGAGCAUGUUGGUGACCGUUCAAGGUUAGAAGAUUGGAGAAUCAAAGGUUACGAUCCUUUAACUCCUCCUGAUUUAUUGCAGCAUCAAUUCCCAUUAUCUGAAACCUCGAAAAAUGUGAUUCUUAAAGGUAGAGACGAUUCUCGCAGAAUAUUAAAUGGCGAAGAUGACAGGUUGAUAAUUGUUAUUGGGCCAUGCUCAAUCCAUGAUCCCAAAGCUGCUUUAGAAUAUUGCGAUAGAUUAUAUGAAUUGAAUAAUAGAGUCAAAGGCGAAUUACACAUUGUCAUGAGAGCCUAUUUGGAAAAACCAAGAACAACUGUUGGUUGGAAAGGUUUGAUUAAUGAUCCACACAUUGAUGAAUCAUACAAUAUUAAUGAGGGAUUAAGAAUUUCAAGAAAAUUGUUUGUCAAUUUGACUGAAAAAUUACCAAUUGCUGGUGAAAUGUUGGAUACUAUAUCUCCUCAAUUUUUAUCUGAUUUAUUUUCAGUAGGUGCAAUUGGCGCAAGAACAACUGAAUCCCAGUUGCAUCGUGAGUUGGCGUCAGGAUUGUCCUUUCCUGUUGGUUUCAAAAAUGGUACUGAUGGUUCUUUGGGUGUUGCAAUUGAUGCUAUAAGAGCUGCUGCUCAUCCUCAUCAUUUCUUAUCUGUUACCAAGCCCGGUAUUGUAGCUAUUGUUGGAACUGAAGGCAAUGAUGAUACAUUUAUCAUUUUAAGAGGCGGGAAAUCGGGAACGAAUUUCGAUGAGAAAUCGGUUAAAAAAGCUGAAGAAGAAUUGAUAAAAGCUAAGAUUAUAAAUGAAAAUCACAAAGGCCCCAAAAUAAUGGUUGAUUGUUCACAUGGAAAUUCGAAUAAAAACCACAAUAAUCAGCCAUUAGUUGCUCAAGAUGUUUGCAAACAACUUGAAAAAGGUUCGGAAGCUAUUUGUGGCUUAAUGAUUGAGAGUAAUUUAGUUGCAGGCAGACAAGAUGUUCCAAGCAAAGAAGAUGGUGGGAAAGAUGCGUUGGUAUACGGUUGUUCGAUCACAGAUGCUUGUAUAGGUUGGGAAGAUACCGAAAAGGUUUUGUUGAAUUUGGCUAAAUCAGUAAAGAUCAGAAGAGAAAAUAACUUAAGAAAUUGAAAAUUAGAAAUUAGAGACAAAUUAGAGACUAGAAAUUAA